AUGGCAGAGCUCCAGCAUGGUUCCCACGAAUGCGCGUUGACCUUGCCGAAGAUGGUCGGAAAUGGGAUCUGCAACAUGUGUUUCAAAGAUGAACCUGUCGAAUUCGCUUGUGAGCCUUGUAAUUUCGAUCUUUGUAAAUCUUGCUCUGACCUUCCCCUGAAAAUGUCGCACCAUCUUCACCCGGAGCACCCUCUAGAGUUUUGUAUUGGCGAUGAACGAAAAUCCAAAUACAUGAUCUGCAUCGGAUGUGGAAACAUGUCUUCCGGAUCUUUCUACUACGAGUGCAAGAAGUGUGAGAUCUAUCUUGAUAUGGAUUGUGCUCUCCAGAAGAGCAUAGUCAAGGGUUGGGAAGCUACAGAAAUGCUUCAUUACAGCCAUGAACACAUGUUUAGGAGAUGUAGACCAGGACCAAACGCUAAAGGCUCUUGUCUUCUUUGUGAGCUUCCUCUUUCUCCCUCUGCUAUAUGUUAUGGCUGUGUUCAUUGCCAAUUGUUCUUUCACGAGCGUUGCCUUGAUCUUCCAACUGAGAUUCAACAUCCCGUGCAUCCCGCACACCCUCUCAAACGCCUUGAUUAUAUACAAGCUUUUCAUCGUCGAAAAAUUUGUAAUGCUUGUAAAUUCAGUUUUGCUGGUGCUCCCUUUGGUUGCCUAGAAUGUGGGAUAUACCUUCAUCUGAGAUGUGCAGAUGCCUUGUUGCGAGGUCUGAUGCAUAACUCUCAUGAACAUAGAUUGUUUUAUGUAGAAGAUAAUCGUGUCGCUGGUGUUAAUAACGAAGAGCCAUGUCAAAUAUGCAUGGAAACUGUCUUCUAUAACGUGCAAUAUUACUAUUGCGUUAUAUGUGAUUUGAAGUUUCAUAUCAAAUGUCUUGAGAUACCCAAAUAUGUCGUAAACAAAUCCUAUCACAUCCAUCAACUCGAGCGUAAACGAUUUAGAGCCGAGGACAGCUUUUUGGAAUAUUGUGGUGUUUGUGAGACGAUAGUUAACUCGGAACAUCCUGCAUAUUCCUGCAAAGCAUGUGAUUUUCUCGGCCACACUGAAUGCAUAUUACGUGAGGAAAUGCCUUCCCCAUUGUACUUGAAAGAGUUGUACUCUUGUAGCAAAAGCAAUACAAUAUCAACAAAUAUAGAAGACCUUGAAACCGAAGACAAACUAUUGGUUAAUGGCAUCAAUCACAUCCAUGCGAUGAGAACGAUGCACAUGAGUGAGCUUGAGGAAGAAGCAAACUGCAAUAUGUGUGAUGGAAGAAUACAUGAUAACCCUUGUAAAUGUGAGACAUGUAGUUUCCAAUCACAUGAUUACUGUGCAGAGCUGGGGCGACCAUCAAGACAUCAGUUUCAUUUGAACCACUCUUUGACCCUCUUGCCAAAUUCCUUUGGAUGGGUAAGAAGGAGCUGUAAGUCUUGCAAAAAGGAUAUAGAAGGGUUCAAUCUCUUCUGUCGCGUAUGCAAUUUUAUCAUCGACAUCAGCUGUGCCUUAAAGAGUAUUAAAAUGCUUGGGGCACUACAUAUGGGGCAGAAAAUCAUUGGAGCUUUUGUAGGAGGACUUUGCAUUCAGGACCAACAUAGCUUGUUUAAUGUUGUCAUCUCAAGGUCAUAUCCUACAGCUUGUGCGCUUUGUGAUGAGAAGUUGUGCGGAAAAGCUCUAUCAUGUGUGACGUGUGAUGAUAUAUGUCAUCCUCUGUGUAUCGAAGUUGGGAGACGAGGAAUAGUCGGUCAUCUACUUCAUUCUGAUCACAAGCUAGCAAUUUCACUUGUAAGUGAAUCCAAGUGCACCGCCUGCCAACUAGAUAUUACAAAGUAUGGCUAUCGCUGUUUCAUUUGUGAAGUCAAUUUCCAUAUUGAAUGCAACAAACUAGUGAUAUUACCAAGAAAGACCAAGCCUCACAGUCACUAUCUGUAUAACUUUUGGAAAGAUGUUUUGAGGGUGACUCAAGCAUGCAAUGUGUGCGCUAGACCUUGCGGUGUGUCGUUCUAUGGUUGUAUUGAUUGUGACUUCAGCGCCCAUGCAGAGUGUAUUGGGUUUCCAUCCAAUGUGAAGAACCAACGACAUCAACAUACUCUCACACAAACAUACUCUUCUCGCGAGCAAAAUUGUUCUCUCUGUGAAUCAUACAUCAACAGUUAUCGGAUUUACUCAUGCUAUCAGUGCAAGGACGUAUUUCACUUCAAAUGUAUAAUGUCUACGGAAAACUGUGAGGCAAUAUUAGAAGAGGAUCAACUUCAAGACAUCUAUCUUAUGUACCUUGAGCGUGAUCUGUUUGAUCUUCUUCGAGACAAUGAGUCUUAA